CUCAUCAAAUAUAAACUACAAGUUUUCCCCAACUAUUGAGGAAGUGAAGUGAAGUGACGGAUUCCAGAGCUCGCACGGCGGCGGCGUCACGUCUGGGACCUGAAUCCACGGGAUCGUUUCCUGCCGAUUACUUCGAUCACGAUCGAGAGGUUUGACGGGAAAUGUGACCGCUGAUCGAGACGAGGAGCGACGGCUGCGGAGGAUCCUGAACCCUCGGGGCUGUCUGACAGGAGCCAGCGGUGCGGAGGAGAGGAGAGGAGAGGAGAGGAGGCUUGUCAGCAUCUGUCCGGAGAGCUGCAGGUCUUCAGCACAGACUUAACAUCCUGCUGUUUCAUGGAGAAGAUGAACUGGACUGCAGGGACACAGUGUGUAGCCAAGGGCGACCACAGAAAACCCAAACCUGGAGAACUGGCGUAUCACAAAGGAGACAUCCUCACUAUUGUCGACAUUAGCACAAGGAAGGGUUUUUACAAAGCCAGCCACAACACCACUGGAGACGAGGGGCUCAUCAACUCCACCAAUGUUCGCGAGAGAGAGGCCCUGCGUGUUGACCCUUGCCUCAGCCUCAUGCCUUGGUUCCAUGGGAAGAUCUCCGGUCCAGAGGCGGUGUGUAAGCUGCAGCCGGCUGAGGACGGCCUGUUCCUGGUGCGAGAGUCUAUCCGACAUCCCGGAGACUACGUCCUGUGCGUUAGUGUCUCCGGGGUGGUCAUCCACUACAGAGUGAUUUAUCAGGACAGCAAGCUGACCAUCGACAACACACAGUACUUCUACAACCUCAUAGACAUGAUAGAGUUCUACUCGAAGGACAAAGGCUCAAUUGCCACAACUCUUCUGAAGCCCAGACAAAAACAAGGAACCAAGUCAGCUGAGUUAGAGCUGUCGAAAUCUGGAUGGUUGCUGGACAUUACAAAGCUCACACUGGGAGCGAAUAUCGGAGAGGGGGAGUUUGGUGCUGUCUAUGAAGGAGAGUACAUGGGCCAGAGGGUGGCAGUAAAGACCAUCAAAUGUGACGUCACAGCUCAGGCCUUCCUGCAGGAGACAGCAGUGAUGACGAAGCUGCAGCAUAAAAACUUGGUGCGGUUGUUGGGCGUCAUUCUUCACAAAGGGCUUCAUAUUGUCACAGAGCUCAUGCGCAAGGGAAACCUUGUCAAUUUUCUCAGGACAAGGGGACGUUCAGUUGUAGACUCAGUUCAGCUUCUACGCUUUUCACUCGAUGUGUGUGAGGGGAUGGAGUACCUGGAGUCUAAGAAGCUAGUUCACAGAGACCUGGCAGCUCGUAACGUCCUCGUCUCUGACGACAGUGUGGCCAAGGUCAGCGACUUUGGCCUGACCAGAUUGGACCCCAAGGUGUCAGACAACGUCAAAGUGCCUGUGAAAUGGACCGCCCCCGAGGCUCUGAAGAAAGACAAAUUCUCCACAAAGUCUGAUGUCUGGAGUUAUGGUGUUCUUUUGUGGGAGAUCUUCGCCUACGGUCGUCAACCUUACCCCAAGAUGUCUCUGAAGGAGGUGAAAGACACGGUGGAGGGGGGUUAUCGCAUGCAGGCUCCGGAGGACUGUCCCCCUGGAGUUUACUCCCUCAUGACUAUUUGCUGGGAGCUGGAGCCACGCAGAAGACCCGCUUUCCACAAACUGAAGGAGAAACUCGAGCGAGAGAUGGGAAAACACAGCCCGAGCCCUGGGUCUGAGCAUCGGGAUGGGGCGAGGUCUGGAUCUAGAUGCUGAUCUUGGUUGUACAUCUUGAACGCACUUUGGUGGAAACAGACUGCCUACCCACACGUUGUUGCUCAUGUGUUAAUCACACAAGACAAACCAGUUGCAUGAAUUUUUUAACACACUCAGAGUGGCUGAUUAGAUUCCUUUAACCCAGCGGACGAUCAACAUACAAGGAUUCUGGUCACCAUGUAAUGCCAGAAAAGGCUUAAUGGUUGGAGGCGUUUUACUUAGUGGGUCUGUGCAAAGCGAAAAUGGGUGCGACUCAAAUAUAUCCACAACUGUUGGAUGGAUGUCGUGACGCUUUAUACUGAUACUCCAGAGGCCUGUGCUACCAGGUGGCAACCCACCGUGAGGUCACCCCGUGGUUUGUGAACUGCCGUUAUGAAGCCUUGAGUUUCGCAUUUACACCACUGCCAUAUUGGCUUUUUUGCAACCAGACGUAGAAUUGGGGCUGGGGCUGACUGAGAGCUGGCCGACUGCACGCCCACCUACACCUGCGACCAUGCAGGUCCAACUGUCGAUCUAGCUGAGAAGAGAUCAAAACCUGUCGACAGUCCAACUAAUGACCAAUCAGAUCACUGGAAAACACUGGAGUCAUUGUUCUACAGGGGGCUGACUGGGACAAAAGAGUUUAGAUAAAUGUGACAGAAAUUAAAGCGCAGCAGAUAUUUAAAGAUUUUCAUGUGUCCACUCAGGUUUUAAAACAGUUUCUGAUAAACAGGGGGAUAGUUUAUCACAUUAAAUAAAUACAUAAACUACUUAAUACCAGUGGCAUAAAUAUAAGGAGAUAUCAACAAAUCACACAAAAAGGCCUAAACCCACAGUGAAUUGAUCCCUCUAACAAGUUCUGUCUAUUGUUGCUGUAGUUACUUGAGUUGAUCUCAAGUACACCGUCCAGCUGCUGUGAAUACUCACUAAUAUUGAUUAAAUGGAAGUUGUUGUUUAAAUGGAAAAAAAGAAAGAAAAAAGUUAAAAUAAACUGUAUUUAUAUCGGUCUAUUUACCACUCAAAGCACUUUACACUACAAGUUACAAUACAUUCACCCGUUCACACACACACACGCACAUUCAUACAGCGCUACUAUUUACUGUGCUUUUUCUGUCACAUUCAUACACUGACGGCACGACCGUCAGAGGCAAUUAGUGUCUUGCCCAAGGACACAUCAGCAUGGGGACUAGGGACGCAGGGAUCAAACCAUCGACCUUCUGGUUAGUGGACAACCCUCUCCUUCUCCUGAACCAUAGCCUUUGUUAGAAAUGAAACUAUUUGUGUUUGUGACAUGUUUUUAAAGGUUUGUGUCUUCAGUGGCAACCAAUGUGUUUCAGGCUGAGAGCGACAGGAUAAACAGUCUCUCACAUUGUUGAAUUUGUUCUUUUCAUGGUAUAUGUUGACAGGAACAAAAAUAUAACAUAUCACCAGUAUUAUCCUUAAACAAUAUUGUAUAGCAUUAUGAUGAAUACAGUAGUGUCAUAAUGUUUUUGAAAUGCUGUACAUUGAUUCAGUCAAUGAGCUAAUUAUUCAUUGCCAUUCGAGUGUCACAGAUGUAGGAUCGAAAAUAUAAUGUUUCACAUGAAGAGUAAAUACAGGUUAUUUGCAGGUGAUGUUACAGAGAGAUGUACGAUUUAAUCACAGAUUACCACAAUCUGAUUCUACUGCAGUCUUAUUGCCUAGCAAUGUGCCAUGGAUCAGGCCUCAGUAUGAAGAAUAUUCAAUGACAUUUCUGGUCUAUAUUAAGGUUUUUGAUUGGGAGAUCGGCGGUUCAUUUGAUGCAGAUAUUCUGUUGGUAGCAUGUCCUUUCAAUGUUAUGAAGACCAGAAGAUAAAAAUUAACGUAUCUAUGAAACCAAGCAUAUUACUGCUCUUUCAAAUUUGAUUACAUUUAUUUGAAUUGAAUUGGUUUUGUGAGAGAAAACUGAGGGAAAUAUGGUAUUUAUUAAUACUUUUUUUCCAUCUUCUCUGGGAUUUUGAGAUUAUAGGAGCACCUUUAUUGUUAUCUGCUUUUCACUACCCUCAUUUCUUGGGAUCUCUUAAGCUCUUUGAAGGUACAGAAUAUUUUGUGCUCUCUUAAUCUUGGGGGGAAAAAUGUUGUGGACUGCAGUUGGUUGUUUUACAUGUAUAGUUAAUUUAUUAUAUUUAUUACUAUACUUAUAUCACUCGUUUCACAGUGUCUAAUUUAAUAGAAAUGCAAUCAAAUACUUCAAGUUCAAAACUCCUAUUUUGGAUUAUUGUCACGUCACAAAACCAAAUUAAAGAUGUCAUUUUAUUUUAAGUCUA